GCGCGCUAGGAAGAAAUGGCAGUGCUCCUAAAAAAUCUAGCGAUGUUACUCGUCUGCUUCAGUACAGGCGUUAUAAGCGCUCCUCGGGACGACCAGUGGAAAUAUCUCUGCACGAAACCAAAAUGUAUGUGGAUGAAAUUCGAGAAAAAAGAGUUUGCUGUCACUGGAGGGAUUGAAGCGUUUGAAGACGGGAGGGCUUUCUGCCACAAGGGAGUGAACCUGUACUCUCUGGAGGGUUUCGCAGCGUUCUGGAUCACUCUCAGAGCGUCGAUCACUCUCACCCCCACCGACGGAGCCAUAAUUGGCAGGGGCAACUCGUCGGAGCGAGCUCUCUCCGGCGACGAGACUAAGACGUACCAUAGAAACGGAACCCACACCCUCCAUGUGUCUCCAUUCAGUGUCGAGUGCGUGGGUAUUGUGCCCGACGAGAAAGUCAACUAUCGGUUGUCGGUCAAGAGAGGUGUGGCUUAUGAGAGAAUCACUCUUCUGGUUGCUGGACUGGUCCUGCUGUUUGGUGCUCCCAGGCUGGCCAGGAGUGUGUCAUUAUUCUACGGAGCAGGUAUAACUGUAGGCAUACUGGCAUCGGUUCUCAUCCUUCUGUACAUGUUUGGCAAGUUUGUACCAAAGAAGACGAGUAUAGUUGGUUUGGGUAUAUUGACUGGAGGCUACACCCUCUUUGCCUCUUUCUUCUAUUGGUUCUGGAACCACGCACUAGAGGUGGCCAUCAGUAACUGGCAGUACGUCACUGCCUACAUCAUCGCAGCUGCUCUCAUCAGUUUUGCCGUCCUCUAUCGCAUGGCUCCGCCUACCAACGAGCGGACUCUGAACCUCAUCCAGUGGACCGUCCAGCUGGGAGGCGUGGCCUGUAUUUUCCUCUCGUUUCCCAUGAGGGAAGUGGGCGUGGCUUCUGUCAUGAUCACACUGCUUCUAUAUAACUUCAGAGGCUGGUGCUCAGUCGUCUUUGCUCCACUCUUCCUUGUAUGCCGAGUGUUGGCUUGUAUUCUGGGUCCUCUAUUUGCCCCCUUUGCCUGCCUCUUUUCCCCUCUCAUCCGCUGCCUCUCUCUCCUCGACCCAAGACGAUGGACCAGACCAACUCGUCGCUUACUCACUCAGCAGGAGUACGAGGAACAGGGAAGAGUGGAGACGAAAAAAGCGCUGGAAGAUCUGAGGAAGCAUUGUCGUCGUCGUGACGAUGGGAUCUGGGAUAAGAUUAGCAGCCUCCACGACUCUAAGAGGUUUGCGUCGUUCCUGGCGGGGAAGGCCCACAUAAGUGCCCAGGAGCAGGUGGACUACGAGUGGCAGGAAGGAGGGGACCUGGACACCACCUCAGAGUCCGAACAAGAGCCCUCUCGUGAUGAGAACGAACAUUCCCCUUCACAAUCUGCAACACACACUCCUCACAGAACCAAAGUUUUAAGCAGUAUGGAAGCCCGUCUUCUACGCACGCUCAGCGAUAACGGCGAACCUCUGCCGGCUGACCAGCAGACAAACCAACCUCUCCCGCUGGGCGUUCUAGAUAUGUUAGUGGAGGGACCGGUGGCCGGUGUUAUGGUCGACCCACAGCUAAGAGUCUCUUCCCCCGCCUCAGAGUCAAGCAAAGCCGAGAGCGACGGUGAAGCCGGUGGAGCAAUGGGCGACGAGGACGAAGGGUUCGACGAAGAGUUUUGCGACUCCGAAGAGCCGUCUCUGAGACCAGCUCCCUCCAACCAUCUCCCUCCCCUGAACCUCCAAGAACUCAACUCCACAGACCUUCAGAGUUUACUGAUGGAGAACUCGCUGGCAGAUGGAGAUUCUUCGGCCGCCAUAGUCCCUCCUUUCCCCACACAGUCCCUAUUAGACGACAUCGAUCCCGGUGUCUUUAUGACAGACAUGGAACAGUCAUCUCACCCGCUACUCGGCGUAGAGGGGAAGAGCCCGAUUCAUUCCCCUUUCCCCCUCUCUUCCCCCUCGCCCGUCUGUGCCACUUUGAACUCUAUGACGUUGGGAGACAGCCAGGCCAUGGUUGGUAGUCCUUCACCUAUGGACGAGUGGAGUACACACUCCAUGCUCAACUACCCCGUUUACUCCGACGCUGCCUCGUCUGUGGGGGAUUCGGAGUACAGUUCGACAGUCGACAUGUGUUCUUCCUCGCAGUAUCUCUUCCCCACUCCCUCCCUGCCGUCCCCCUCACCUCCUCCCUCAUCCGCACACUCCACAGGGCAGCACUAUAAUUUCGACAUGCUCUACAGCCCUCACCCUCAGGCGACCCCGUUCACUCGUCACUCUCCCUCCCCAACUCCGUCUUAUCACCACUCCCCGGGACACUUGAACUUCGUUAACAGCUACAACGGAGGGAGUUCCCCCUCGCACUCGUCCCAUCCUCCCUCUUCACUCCCGCACGUCGUACCAUCUCCCGCUCCCUACCACCCUCAAUCUACUCCCAGUUACGAGGGAGAUCCUCUCGUUAGCGGACAAUUUACUCUGAUGCACGGCGGGGCACCGAGUCCUAAUCCCAGCCUGCAUGGAACACCGACGACCCCUUCUAGCGACUUUGCUUCGUGUUCGACACAAACACCAUUCAAUCGAGCACAAAGCCCCGCCCCUUCACAAAGCCACACCCACCAAACAAACUCGGACGUACCCAAGAGCAAACAGACUCCAGCGGCGGGCGAAGAAAAACUUGUCCACAUGCCGUUUUACAAAUUCAAGAAAAUCCUCGAGUCUCCCACAGUCCCGGACGGAAAAAAGACAAACAUCAAAAACGUCCGCAGAAGAGGGAAGAACAAGAUAGCGGCUAAGAAUUGUCGUCAGCGCAAACAGGAGCUGGUGCUGGGACUACAGCAAGAGAUAGACGGACUCAGGAUGCGUAGAAAAGACUUUUUCGUCAAAACGGGGACCCUCGAAAGAGAGAUUGAGCUGCUCAAGAGCCAGUGUUUGGCCUUGUUUCAUAGGAAAAAGCAGCAAUUAAUCUUGCCUCAUUAGGAGUGCUUUUGUGUUUGUGGCUAUUAUUCCGUGUUUAUACAUGUGUACAUCUAUAUCCGCGUUUGUAUUACCAUUGUGUCAUUGUGUGUUAUGUUUUUCGUUGUACGAUGUUUGUUUCAAUGUAGCUUGACCAUCUCCCAGAUAGUAUAUACAUGUCCAAUCUAUUUUUAGCACAAGCUACAUGAUGUCAUGGACAAAAAUGUGUAAUUUAGAGAUGUCAUGGACAAAAAUGUGUAAUUUAGAGCUAUCAGUUGGCAUAAGGAAGAGAUCGGGUUGCUAUGUGAGCCAAGGGUCACGACUCGUACCUAAAUGAACAGAAUAUGGUCACAUGACCACAGUCUUAGGUCACAU